AUGGCCUCCUCCUCCGUCCUUCCCAUGGGCUGCAGGUUCAGCCCGUCCGACGCCGACCUCAUCUCCUUCUACCUCCGCCCCAUGAUCGCGAGCGAGCCCCUCCCUGAGCCCGCCGCCAGGUUCCUGCACACCGCCGACGCGUACGCCACCGACCCGGCCGCCCUCGUCUCGGGCCUCCUGCCCGCGGUCCUGCUGGCGCCCAAGACCGGCGUGGAGAGGCGGUGCUGGUACCUCUUCGGCCCCGCCAAGGCCCUGUCCGGGCACGACAAGCGCAGGUCCCGCGCCGUCGGCGGCGGCGAGGGCACGUGGCACGCUGAGAAGGGGAGGGCGGCCGUUCUCGACGGCGAGGGACGCGUCGUCGGGUACAAGCAGAGUUUCAGGUACAAGCCCAUCCAUUCCGACGGAUCCGUGGAGGCCGUGUGGCUCAUGGUCGAGUUCCGUAUGGCUCAUGAGCAAGGGGAUGAUGAGAAAGGCGAGACGGUUCCGGUUCUUUGCAAGGUCUACCAGAGCCCGCGCAAGCCCCGAUCUGCGUCCGUCCCGACGUCGCCGGCAUACAGGAGGGGGAGGAAGAGGAAGGCCGGAGACGACUCAGCUCCGGUGACGACUGUGAAGCGGCGGCUGCUUGUUCCUCCUGCUGCACCGAUUCUGCCGCCGGCCGUCGAGCCACAGCAAGACUUGAACAACUGCUCAGAUGGCGUCUCGGUGGACCAGCUUCUAGAUGAUCUCAUGUUCGGCCUCAUGCCUGAUCAAGUCCUCGGUGACUUCGUGAUGCCUGUCCCUGAAUCAGAUGUCAAUUGCAGCUUCUCCAUGUCCAACCACACUGGCAGCUACUGUGACAGGGUCCUCCUGGACGAAGGUGGUGACUUGUUGAUGCCUUAUCAUCAGAAUUCUGAUCAAGUCCUUCUGGGUGACUUGUUGAUGCCUGUCGUUCCAGAAUCAGAGGUCAAUUACAGCUUCUGCAUGUCCGACCAUGCCGGUUCCAUGGUGAGCAACUAUGACAUGGUCCUUCAUGGUGGUUCAGUCACACCCCUCUUUGACAAUUCUGAUCAAUUUGACUUGUCGGUGCCCAUCAUCGAACCACUACCAACUGACUUGCAGAGCCAGACAGCAAUGCUAAAUUUCAGCUUCCUGUCGUGUGCCCCGUAUGCUGGAAUUUGCGAUUCUUGGACAGGAGGCGAGAGCACGGACGAUGAAGCGACCUCAGUCAGCUGGUAUGACUCUGCUCGAAGCUCACCGGCGGUUCCAACCGAGUGGAUGAUGCAAUCACCAUUUGCCACCCCAUAUCUAUUCUGAAGCUGACCAGCUUCAUAUUGUGUGUUUUUUUCUUGCUACCCCAUGGAUAGGAUACAUGCAAUCG